AUGUCUGAACCACAUCAGGGUCGCCCCUCCGAGGACCCCGAAAAGGGCCAUUCCGAAAACGACAACAGAACUGAAGGAUCAACAAGAAACUCGAUCUCGGAUGAACACUUUGAGCCACCACAUUCGCCGCUUGGCGAGAUAGCAUUUAUUGCCAUCGUCUGCUCCGCCCAGCUCAUGACCCAAGCCGGUCUUGCUCUCAGUGUUGUACCGAUGCACAUUAUCGGAGACUCUUUCGGCAUAGACAAUCCCGGACAGAUCAGCUGGUUUACCGCCGCAUACUCCCUAACUGUCGGCACCUUCAUUCUUAUUGCCGGACGCUUGGGUGACGUUUUUGGCUACAAGCGCUUCUUUGUCGGCGGCUUCGUUUGGUAUGGCCUAUGGUCACUCAUCGCCGGCUUUUCCGUCUACAGCGGUCCGAUACUAUUCGACUUCUGUAGAGCCAUGCAAGGCAUUGGCCCGGCAUUUAUGCUCCCCAACGCCAUCGCCAUCUUGAGCCAUGCCUACGAGCCGGGCCGGCGUCAAGACAUGGUGUUUAGCAUGUUUGGCGCCACUGCGCCCGGGGGAUUUGUCCUCGGAGCAGUAUUCAGCAGCCUUCUAAGCCAGAGGGUCUGGUGGCCCUGGGCUUAUUGGGUCAUGUGCGCUGCUUGUCUUUCGUUUGCCCUGGCCGGCUUCCUCAUUAUUCCUUCCUCCCAGCAUUCUCUUAACCGGGCACCUUCAUCAUCAAGUAUCUGGAUGCGUGUGGAUGCCCUAGGUUCCAUCACUGGCGUGGUAGCGCUCGUUCUGUUCAACUUUGCCUGGAACCAGGGGCCUACCGUUGGAUGGACCGUUCCUUAUACUUAUAUCACGCUGAUACUCGGCGCAUUGCUCUUUGGUCUCUUCUAUUUCAUUGAGACCAAAGCAAGUCACCCACUCAUACCCUUCGGCGUCCUGAAAGUGGACUCGGUAUUCGCCCUGGGCUGUAUCGCUGCAGGAUGGUCAAGCUUCGGAAUCUUCGUCCUCUACAUCUGGAAUUUCCUCGAGAUUCUCCGUCAGCAGACACCACUCCUCACUUCGGCUCAGUUCACUGUCGUUGCCAUCAGUGGCCUUUGCGCUGCUUUAACCACGGGUGUCCUCCUUAGUCGCAUGCCUGCUUCGGCCGUCAUGCUAAUUGCAAUGACCUGCUUCACCGUAGGAGGUAUUCUCUUCUCGACUCUUCCUAUUAAGCAGACCUACUGGGCCCAGACCUUUGUCGGCCUCAUCAUUCUUCCCUGGGGAAUGGACAUGUCUUUUCCAGCCGGGACCAUCAUUUUAAGUAGAGCCAUGCCCAAACAGCAUCAGGGGUUGGCUGCCUCUCUGGUCAAUACCGUCGUUAACUACUCCAUCUCCAUCGGUUUAGGAUUUGCGGGUACUGUUGAGUAUAAUGUUAAUGACGGGGGUCGAGAUAUUCUGCUUGGUUAUCGUGGGGCGUGGUAUGUGGGUGUUGGACUUGCAGGCCUUGGAAUCGUGAUUGCUCUCGGAUACUGUCUGGCAGAAUGGUAUCGAAGACGGGGCGCGAGAUGA